AGCUGCAAUGUGCGAUUUGCAUAAUGGGAGAAGUCGUUAGUCGAUAAGUGCGAUGGAAUGCCGUGGACACGCAAUCGUGUGCGGAUAUAAGCAUUUGAUUUCGGAGUGGGAGUCACAGUUUGGCUUCCAAGAUGCAGGUGCUAGGCGGCCCUCCACUCAGCUUGUGUCUUUUGGUGAUCAUCACUUCGCCACUGAUUGCAGCCAAUUCCCUGUGGAGUCUCGACCAGGUGGGAGCCUACCUCAGUGGCAUCUUCCGCUCCGUUGUGGGUCCACUAUUUGGCUUUGGCCGGGCAGCCAAUACCACCGCCUUAUAAAGCUAGUUCUGCUUACCGCACCAGUCCAAAGGGAACCGGCAGCUUCUCGACCACAUCCACUACGCAAUUGUCCAGCUGCUUGAGGAUCAGCUGGGCGGCAUAGAAGCCGGCGGGCCCGGCGCCCACAAUGCAUAUCCGCUUGGUGGGCGUGGCGCCCUGGAUCACCUGCAAUCGGGCGGAACUCGUGUGGAGGCCACGUCUCAGGAUGUUAUGCCAAUUGAUGCCCAUCGUGGACCAUUCGCCGGUUUUGGCUACUGGGACAGCAGCUUUUUUUCGGAUCUUACAGGGAAUCAAGCUGUUUGCUGGUGAUCUUAUAAAAGUUGUUUGCUAACGAUGAUUUUUUAGUUUCUCGUUAUCUCUCGAAAGACUUUCUUCAGUGCUCCCCAAAAUACCCAGCGAAAUCCAACCAAAACAGUGUAUUUACCCGAUUUCGCGUUUUGGUAACACUACGUGAUUUUGAGUCUAUUGGCUUUUCACGAUUUUCCCGCUUAUCACUGUGUGAAAUAUUCCACAUACGAUUUUCUUACAAAGCGUCUUAAAAUUCCGCAUUCUUAUACAUACAUAUACAUACAUAUGUACAUAUAUUAAUCUAAAUAAAUGUUUAAGCUCUUCUAAAGUUCAAAGUAAAACUAAGUGAAAUUAUUUUUGAAAUGUCUGCAUUCAAUAUUCAAUUAUGGUUUGACACACCAGAUAGAUAUAAGUUAUCUAAACAAAGUGACCUAAAACUAAAUUAAUUGUAUUACUGGAAAAAACAAUAAUAAACCAAAUGUGCGUCAUUUGACAUGUGAAUUUA